UCCCCGCCCACCUCCACUUGUCUGCUGGCCUGGCGACCGGGUCUGGCUGACCUCUCUGUUUCUCAGAGAAGGAACUGCUGUUCCUGGACAAGCCGGCAAUCUCUGGGAGCACCUACUUGGUCCUUGGCCUUGGCUGGCCCAGGGGUGAGGGGAACUGGCAGCAUCGAGUGACCAGGCGGAUGUGCUCCCAUGAGAGUUCCUUCCAACCCGCCCAGUUGCUACUACUGGUGGGGGUCCCUGUGGCGAGUGCCCUCUUUCUGGUCCAGUGCCUUCGAUGGCACUGUCCUCACUGGCUGCUGCGGGCCUGCUGGAAGCUGGAUAGCCAAGAGGAGCCAGUGGGCCAUCCCACUCCCCUACCAGAAAAUGAGUCCUCAAGGCAGUGCCCGCCGGCCACACUGCCGGAGAUGGCCGCCUUCUACCAGGAACUGCACACACCCACUCAAGGCCAGACCAUCAUCCGUCAGCUGAUGCACAAGCUGUUGGUGUUUUCAGCUCGAGAGGUGGAUCACCGUGGUGGCUGCCUGAUGCUCCAGGAUAUGGGCAUCUCUCUGCUCAUCCCACCAGGAGCUGUGGCUGUGGGCCGCCAGGAGCGGGUGUCACUGAUCCUGGUGUGGGACUUGUUGGAUGCCCCAUCACUGUCCCGAGUCCAGGGGCUGGUGAGCCCCGUGGUGGCCUGUGGCCCCCAUGGGGCCUCCUUCCUGAAGCCCUGCACCCUCACAUUCAAGCACUGUGCCCAGGAGCCCAGCCAUGCUCGUACCUACAGCAGCAACACAACCCUGCUCGAUGCCAAGGCCUGGAGGCCCCUGGGGCGGCCUGGGGCCCACACCUCCCGGGACGAGUGUCGCAUCCAGGUCUCCCACUUCAGCCUCUACACCUGCGUGCUGGAGGCACCAGCAGGCCGGGACGCCCGCAAAUGGCUGCAGCUGGCUGUGUUCUGCUCACCCUUGGCACCGGCGCAGUCCCACCUGCAGCUGCGCAUCUACUUUCUCAACAACACUCCCUGUGCCCUGCAGUGGGCCAUGGCCAAUGAGCAGCCCCACGGUGGGCGCCUGCGCGGGCCCUGCCAGCUCUUCGACUUCACGGGGGCCCGAGGGGACCAGUGCCUGAAGCUCAAGUACAUCUCUGAGGGUUGGGAGAAUGUGGAUGAGAGCAGUUGCCAGCUGGUUCCCCAUCUCCACAUCUGGCAUGGGAAGUGCCCCUUCCGCUCCUUCUGCUUCCGGAGAAAAGCAGCCAAUGAGAACGAGGACUGCUCUGCACUUACCAGUGAGAUCAUCGUCACCAUGCACACCUUCCAGGAUGGCUUGGAGACCAAGUACAUGGAAAUCCUCAGAUUCCAGGCAUCAGAGGAGGAAUCCUGGGCAGCACCACCCCCUGUCUCUGAGCCACCCCCAUGCAACAGGCUGCCUCCAGAGCUCUUUGAGCAACUGCAGAUGUUGUUGGAACCAAACAGCAUCACAGGCAAUGACUGGCGUCGGCUGGCCUCCCACCUGGGGCUCUGUGGCAUGAAAAUCCGGUUCCUGUCCUGCCAGCGCAGCCCCGCUGCAGCCAUCCUGGAGCUGUUCGAGGAGCAGAACGGCAGCCUGCAGGAGCUGCACUACCUCAUGACCGUCAUGGAGCGGCUGGACUGUGCCUCGGCCAUCCAGAACUACCUGGGCGGGACGCGCAGUGGCAGCCCGGCGCCAGUCCGCUGGGGCGCCCUGGAAAACCAGGGCCUGGAGCUGGACGAGAAGCUCUGAGCACCGCCUCCCAGCACCUCCCCCUCCCCCCCCCCCCCCCCCCCCGCGCGGGCGGGGCGGGACGCGGUCCGCAGCACUCUGGGCACCAGGGGCCCCGACACCCACGAAGAAUGCAGCAGGUGCUCCUGGCCGUGCCCAUCGACCUCAUCAGAACCCUUCGACGGUGCCUGCGGCCACCGUGAAACCAGGGUGCCAUUGCCAGCCUCCCCGGGGUCAGGAUCACAACUGCGACCCGCUGGGUCCUGCAAACAGGUCCUGUCCUGGCCGGCAGGGGGCGCAGGAGCCCAGAAGAUGGUCCGGCGUGACACGCCUCCCGGAAGCUCUUUGCUAGAGCCUGCCCUGUUGGCACUCCUUGGGGACUGUCCAGUCCACGGGUUCACUGGCUCUUCGUGAUACCCAGCAUCGGACUGGGUAUUACAGGGAAUCCUGGGAUAGAGGAAAUAGGGCUCGGAGCUUGACAAACCCGUAAUGCUCUUGUGGGAGUCAAGGUGCACUCAUGGGCUGAGGGCCAACUCCAAAACAGCAGUGCCCUGUGGUUAGGGCAUGUGGGCAGGGGAUGAACAGAUGCCGACGGGGGAGACAUCGGAUUGUGGGCUGGAGCAGUGAGAAGGCUUCAUGGAGGAUGUUGGAGAGAGGGUGGGCACAUGUAAAGAGUGAUUCAGCCAUCUUUGGGUGGGGGGAGAAGGGGAUGGUGGCUGGACUUAGAGUAGGAGCCAAGAGCAAGCAUGGGUGCUGAAGCGUUAAGGAGCUCAGCCUGGUGGGUGUGAGGGGAGGGGAGGACCAGGGUUCAAGGUCAGUCAUGCCUGGCUGCCCACCUGUCUCCUUUGUCUUCCUUUUUCUCUCUGUCUUUCCAUCCUCGCCUUGUGUUCCUCUCUCUCUGCUAUUAUCUCCAUCAUUAAACAUCAAAAUGGAAAAGAAACUUCAAGAUGAAUGUUCGUGCCCAAACUUUUUACUCUUUAUCUGGAACUGUAUGAGUUUUCAGUCUCUUUGACUUCAUUUUUCUGCCACCAUUUCCUGUAGCCUCUGCAUCCCUGAAUCUUUAUCUCUGUUACUCUGUGUUAGCAUCUUCCUGUCUCUACCGAGUCACUGUGCCUGAUUUUGAAGGUUUCCGUCACUCUCUGAAACCCUCAGUUAUUCCCCUCAGGCAGGUGUCUCUAAACCAAUGUUAUGUAUCAAAGGCAAUGAAAGGACACUGGGCCUCCCUAUGAAUGAGGCAGGAGGAUUUUAGCCCAUGAAUCGAGAUCCAGUUUAGGGUCAGGAAAUAAACAGUGGGGAUUAAAGAACACGCCACUAAGUCAACGAAUAUUUAUUCACACCCUACUAUGUGUUAGACUCUGUACAGAAAAGAGAUUAGUGGGCUGGGGCCUGGAAAGAGACUAAAGGAUUUGACUCAGUUUUAGCAAUAUUUUGUUUGCAAACAGGUGUUGUUAAUUUUUUUUAAGGGCAGGCAAACAAUCUCUGGCAACACUAACACUUUGCUUUUGUAUGUAAUUAAAAGAUAUGAAAGCUUUUUCUAUGAUAAACAAUAUUGUAUAAUAAAAUA